AUGUUCCUCCUCCUGGGGUUUUCCAGUGCCUACAGAGCACAGGUGACCCUCUGCCUGUGCUUCUCGCUCGUUUACCUGGUGACAGUGCUGGGGAACCUGCUCAUCGUGACCCUCGUCUGGCUGGACGCCCACCUGCACUCCCCCAUGUAUUUCUUCCUGGGCCACCUCUCCUUCCUGGACAUCUGCUACUCCUCCGUCACCCUCCCUAAGAUCCUUGGGGACUCCUUCUCACCACAGAAGACAAUCUCCUUUGUGGGCUGCAUCAUGCAGAUCUACUUCUUCCUCUGCUUUGGGGGCUCCGAGUGCAUGCUCCUGGCUGCCAUGGCCUACGAUCGGUACCUGGCCAUCUGCCACCCGCUCCACUAUCCGGCGCUCAUGAGCAAGAAGACAUGUCACUGCUUAGUGGCUGUUUCGUGGCUGAGUGGCUCCUUCUCGUCUCUGAUCCAAGCCUUCCUCACAGCCCGCUUGCCCUUCUGCAUGCCCUUCCUGCGGAAGGCGUCCUGCAGCCCUAACGCCCCCCUCAACAAGGCCACCUUGUAUGUUCUGGCUGGGACUAUUGCAAUGGGCUCUUUCCUCCUCACCCUCGUGUCGUACGUUCACAUCCUCGGGACUGUCCUCCAGAAGGGAGCAGGGACACAGAGGGCCUUUGCCACCUGCACCUCACACCUCACCGUGGUGUCCCUGUUUUUUGGAGCCGGGGCCGUUGCCUAUCUGGUGCCUCACUCCAGUGGCUCCAACGAGAUGGGCAAGGUCGUUGCCCUGCUGUACGCCGUUGUGACCCCCAUGCUCAACCCCAUCAUCUACAGCUUGAGAAACAGCGAGGUCAAAGGAGCCAUCAGGAAAGCCCUGCACAGGGGGGUGUUGCAGAUGUCCACCGAGGGUUCAGGCGUGCUGAAGAUGAAGGUCAUUUUCUUGCUCCUGGAGCUGACAUUUCUGCUGAUGCUUCACACCCAGGCAAAAAUCCCUCUGAAAGAAUGUUUUGAUGGAGAGAAGCGCGACGUCCGGGUGCUUGAACACUUUGGUGGAGGAGUCGGCGGGGCAGUGAGAGUCCCAGAGUACCUGGGUUUGGCCAAGUGGUCUUGCAUCUGGUCAGCUCCUUGUGGCAGCCCGCUGCUCUGCCUGGCAGAAGAGAUCCUGGUCCACCUGUCAGCAGCCCGGGCAGAGGAGGUGCUCGCUGGGAAGCGGCAUACCAUCGCCAUGGCUUCCCUUUCCAGCUGGAUCGAAGACCAAGAAAAGCGGGAAGGUGUCUGGAAAGAUCUCACCAGCUGUGGCCUGGUCAAUACGGACUACGCCAGCCGUGCCAUCCGGCGAGACCAGGGGCUGACCAUCCCAGCGCUGCUUCUCCGCAGCAAGCGCCAGGAGGCACGAACAG